UACAAACAGAAAGCUGUGCCUUUUUUGACAUUUGUUCCUCAGUCUGAGUUUAUUAUUAUGCUGAAUAGACUGGAAAAAAAGCAGCACAGGUGAUACAUAAGUAAGUUAAUCAAAAACACAGACAAACCAGUGAAGUGGUUCAGUGAGCAGAUCACUUUUGUCCAAAGUCCAUGUCCAGUUUGUGUUUGUGUCUUGGCUUUUGUAUGUUCUUCCACUGCUGCAGUUCUGAUUGGGACUGUUAAAAGAUAGGGCUGUAGAGUUAUUGGUUUAUGUGCAUAUUUACAUAUGAGUUUAUGAAGUGUGGGUGUGAUAGGUUAUUUUUAUGCAAACAGUGCAUCUAGAACAAUGCUGCAGAUGAAGAUUCCUGUUGCUUGUGUGCUCCUUCUUCUAUUGGCCAUCAGGUGUGUUGCACAGGAAACAAAUGAUGGGAAAGGGUGUAUUUGUGGACACCCUGGAAUACCUGGAGAUCCUGGACACAAUGGAACACCUGGUAGGGACGGCCGAGACGGACUCGGGGGUGACAAAGGUGAUCGAGGUGAGGUUGGGCCAAGUGGAUUACCAGGCAAAGAUGGCAUCAAGGGAGACAAAGGAGAAACUGGUGCUGUUGGCCCAGUUGGACUAAAAGGGAAAAGGGGUGAUAACGGAGAUCAGGGACAUCCUGGGAAAAUGGGACCCCAAGGAGUCCAAGGGCUGAUUGGUCAAAAAGGAAGUAAAGGAGAGCUUGGCCUGACUGGACCCCAGGGACCAAAAGGUGAAGUUGGUCCUACUGGACCGGAGGGUCUAAAAGGGGAAAUUGGCCUUCGAGGAGAGAGAGGCAUUCAGGGACCAAUUGGAAUCCCUGGCAGACCAGGACCUAAAGGGGAUAUUGGUGUUCCAGGUCCUAAAGGCAAUAUUGGCUACCGUGGGGACAGAGGACUUCAAGGAGAGAAGGGUGACAGAGGUGAAAAGGGAGAGCUAGUUGUUUUGUCUAAAAGUGCCUUCUGUGUUGGUCUUACCACAAACACCAAGCUCCCAGCAGUAAAUGUACCAAUCCGGUUUGACAAGAUUAUUUACAACGAACAGAAUCAUUAUGAUCCACAAACAGGAAGAUUUACAUGCUCUGUCACAGGUGCUUACUUCUUUACUUACCACAUCACUGUUUAUUCCAGAAAUGUCAAAGUGGCUCUAAUGAAAAAUGGAGCAAAGAUUAUCCACACAGCAGAUAACUACCAGAGUAGUGAGGACCAGGCAGCAGGGGGCGCUGUUCUGCACCUGGAGGUGAGGGACAAAGUGUGGCUGCAGGUGGUCGGCGGAGAACUCUACAAUGGACUUUUUGCUGAUGAAGAUGAUGAUACUACCUUCUCAGGGUUCCUGCUGUUUGAGGCAUAAGAAAGGAAGGCUGAGACUUUAGGAUUACUGGGUUCAUGAACCCAGAAAUGUAAAAUCAUAGACAUCAAUCAAGGGGUAUUAACUUGCAUUAUAAAGUUUGUAUUUACUUUUUUGGUUGCCCAGAAAUCUCACAGCAAUAUGGAUUUCAAUGGAUUUUGUGAUGGGUGGAUUUUGAAAUUUUGAUGAAGAUUUUGAUCCAGAACAAGUACAUCCGCCAAAGAAGUAGGGUGGCGGUUAUGAUUUCACCCCUAUU